CUUUGAAAUCUCUAGUAGUAAAACAUAUUAUCUCCUGGUUUCGUUUCGGGAAACUGUUAUGUAAAACGGUAAAAAAAAGGAACAAUCCAAUUCGGCGGCAUGGGAAAUACCGAAAGUAAUGUCACCAGCGGUGUAAAAAAGCAGGCCGGGGUUUCUACUCAAGCACUGUACAAGUUUGUGAACCUAAAGGGUGGUGGUUUGUUAGUGGACAUGAUGAAACGAGCUAUCCAAAACAAACAGUAUGCCGAGAUAGAUCACGCUCUUAAGACAAAGGUCGAACCAUUCCUGUAUAAUAAAGGUAAAGGCAAGUAUAUCCCAGUUGCACAGCUGGUACUGUUGAGAAACCGGGAGAGACCCCGACACAAACAGCUACCGGAGAUUCGGGCGUUGGAAAAUCCUGAGGAGGACUACGAUAUCGACGCGGAAUGUCCGGAUGUAAGCGAGGCCGAGUACCAGCGGAAUCCAUCCGGAUACAGGGAGGUGUGCUGGAAUAUAAAGGAAAGAGGCGCUGUUGGUGAGACGAUACUUCAUCUAUGUCUACUCAACGCGACCUCUUUGCACGCCGAUCUUGCCAAACGCCUGCUUCGAUUUUACCCGAAAUUGAUCAACGAUGUUUACAUGUGCGAUGAGUACUACGGAGAAAGUGUACUGCAUUUGGCGAUCGUGAAUGAGGAUCCGGCCAUGGUCAAAUACCUAUUGGAUAGUGGAUCUGACGUGAAUGAACGUUGUUGCGGGACAUUCAUGUGCCCCGAGGAUCAAAAAGGAAGUCGGUACGACUCGAUCGAGACGGAAAUUAUCUGUGUGUUGCCAAUGACUAACUACGAUGGGUACGUGUACUGGGGAGAAUAUCCGUUGAGUUUUGCUGCUUGUUUAGGCCAAGAAGAAUGUUACCGAUUGGUUUUGGCUAGAGGUGCUGAUCCAGACAACCAGGAUUCGAACGGGAAUACAGUGCUGCACAUGUUGGUGAUCUAUGAAAAAGUAUCUACAUUUGAUAUGGGUUAUGAAGUAGGAUCUUCAUUGGAUAUAAGAAACUUACAGAACUUAACGCCAUUGACGUUAGCAGCUAGACUCGGUCGAGUGGAAAUGUUUUUUCACAUCAUGAACAUCGAACGGGAGAUCUAUUGGCAGUUGGGCAGCAUAACAUGCGCUGCCUAUCCGCUGGUCCUAAUCGACACGAUUGAUAUUGAGACCGGAAAUAUCAAUAAGGAUUCUGCGUUGAAUUUGGUAGUAUUCGGUGAUAAGGAUGAACAUUUAGACCUGCUUGAAGGGGUAUUAAUAGAUCUGCUGAAAACAAAAUGGAAUACCUUUGUAAAAGACAAAUUUUAUCGCCAGUUCUUUGUAUUCUUUUGUUACUUCUGCGUGUCUUUGGUGAGUUUCACUCUACGCAAUGGACCCAUGAAAUUCGACGACACCGAUUCGAAUCGAACCAUUACAAAUAUUCAGUCUAAAGCCGAUAAUUUAACAGAUUUUAGCAAUUCAACUUACUCCGCCUUCGUUAGGGGAAAACUUGUUAGUUUAAAUUCUUCGGAUACCUUUUUUGAUCCGGCUACAUUGGGAAGUAAUUUAUUCUUCAACUCAAAAUGUCCAACCAUGGCCUACGAAGGAAUGAAAGGGAAACUUCGAUUUGUUUCCGAAACAAUAAUUUUGAUUGGAUCGUUUUUGUAUUUGAUUGCUGCCUUCAGAGAGUCACGGUUUUUAGGCAGGAAAAUGUUUAUCGAAAAUUUGAUGACCGCUCCAUCCAGAGUUAUGUUCCUGUUUUCUUGUUGCAUUAUGAUGGUAGUGCCUUUCCUGAAGGUACUCUGCUUCACUGAGAUGGAGGAUCACGUUGCGGUAGUGAUCAUGCUAACUACUGCUCCGUAUUUUCUGUUCUUCUGCCGAGGAUUCAAAACCGUCGGACCCUUCGUGGUGAUGAUUUAUCGUAUGGUGAUCGGUGAUCUGCUGCGGUUUGUUGUUAUCUAUUUGGUGUUUGUGAUGGGUUUUUCUCAAGCCUACUACAUCGUAUUUCUAUCGUACAAGAGCGACGAAGAAGGCAACGAAAACCCAAUGCCUUCUCCGAUGGAAUCGAUUGUAGCGAUGUUUCUGAUGUCGUUGACAAACUUUGGUGAUUACUAUGGUGCACUGGAAAACACUGCUCACGAAGGGUGCGCCAAGGUCCUGUUCGUCAUCUACAUGGUGAUCGUAGCUGUACUGCUUGUCAACUUGUUGAUUGCAAUGAUGGGUAACACGUACACAAAAAUUGCGGAAACGAAAAAUGAAUGGCAGCGUCAGUGGGCCCGGAUCGUGCUGGUGGUCGAGCGAGGUGUGCCCCCGGCCGAGAGACUGAAGAAUCUCAUGGGAUACAGUGAACCAAUGUCGGACGGACGGCGGGCUCUGGUGCUACGUUUAAGCAUGACUGAUGAGGAUAAGGAAGAGAUGAAAGAGAUUCUUGAAAUGAAAAGGGUCCACGAGCGAUUGAAGAAAAAGCGGCAAACUGAAAGGGAAACCCGAGCUGAACAGCGACGUUUAAUCAUGGAGAAGUUCGCGAAUGUAGCCUAGUUUCGAUUUGGUUGUACUGUACAUUAUUUGUUGUCUAGUCAAAUUGUUUGAUCAUUAGCAAUAAAAUUCACCAUUCAUUGUUAGCAAAUUCAUUUCAAGAAGCCAAGACCGUGUGCUACAAGUUUUCAU